AUGGGUUCUUGUCCUAGGGAUAAAUUUAUAGAUGUGGAAAGGUCUCGUAUUCGUAACCAAGACAACUGUGCAACCACGCUAGACGUGCUUCGAAUUAUGAAACCAUUCAUUUGGCCAGAUAACUCUGUAAUGAAGGGGGAAUAUAAGGUUUAUCUGCGGAUUAUAAUAGUUUUUAGUUACAUAUUGCUGAUUGGUGGCAAAAUUAUGCUUUUAACAGCUCCACUAUUCAUAGGAAAGAUGGUACAGGAUCUCUCAGCCAAUGAUUACUACUCUGCACGUUUUAACGCGGGAUUCUACGUCUUAUUCUGCUGUUCAGCAGUUACGCUUGAUGAGCUGCGCAAUAUUUCCUACAGAUAUAUUCAAAAAUGGGCGAUUAUUGACUUAUCGGCUAAAUUUAUCGAAAACAUAUUUAAUAUGCCCUAUGGUUGGUUUAUCGAAAACAACCCUACCGAAAUAGCCCAUGUGCUAAAUCGUGGAGUUGAAUCAUCUCGUGACUUAACAGCGUUCAGUGUCCAACUGCUUGUACCCACUGCCUUGGAAAUCAUAGGGGUAUCACUUAUUUUCGCAUUAAAGUACGAGUGUCCAUAUACAUCUCUAGCUCUAAUCAUUGGAGUUGUGCUAUUUGGAAUCUCUACUAUUUCAAUUGCGAAUAGCAGGAUUAAAAUUCGCAAAAGGGUUAACGACAUAGACAAUGAGAUGCACACUGUAAUUGGUGACGGACUUUCCAACUAUGAAACAGUUAAAUAUUUUACCAACGAGAAACACGAGAUAGAUAAGUAUACAAAUGUAGCCAUCCAACAUGAGAAAUUCAAUUAUAUCGUCUUUAUCAGUUUAUCGCUCCUAAAUUUCAUCCAGGAGACAAUAAAGGAACUGACGAUAAUAAGCGUGUUGUUAAUUGCAAUCUACUAUGUAAAGAAUGGAGUUUUGAUUGUAGGGGAUGUUGUUGCAAUGGUUUCAUAUCUAGCAUUUAUUUUCCGCCCAUUAUACCUACUGGGAACCAUCUACAUGACUAUCAUAAAGUCCAUGGCUGGACUUAGGGAUAUUAUAACUCUCUCUGUACAAGAUGUUAAGAUUCAUGAUUUGCCCGGUGCAGAAGAAUUGAAGUUGACUGAUGAGAAUGGCAAUUUUAAAGCAGAUAUUGUGUUUGACGACGUGAAAUUCUCUUAUGACAAACUUGUAUGUCCAAUGUCUGGCAGUGGGCAUUUCCGCGGGCUUCAAAAGGUUAACUUUACCGUAUUAUCAGGCACAACUUGUGCCAUCAUUGGUGCCACCGGGAGUGGCAAAACGACCAUUUCUCGCCUAUUGUGUCGUUUCUAUGAUGUAGAUUCGGGGGCUAUCCGCAUUAACUCCACAAACAUAGCCCAUGUAACACAAAAUUCGUUGCGUAGUUGCAUUGGCAUUGUGCCACAAGAUACAGUGUUAUUUCAUGCUACACUGUUGGAGAAUAUUAGAUAUGGAAAGAUGGACGCCACGAGGGAAGAGAUACAUGAAGCUGCCAAAAGGGCGCAACUUGAAAAUUUCAUCAAAACUUUGCCUUCUGGCAUUGACACAAUUGUAGGCGAGAGGGGUAUGAAGCUUUCCGGUGGUGAGAAGCAAAGGGUGGCAAUUGCUCGUUGUUUUUUGAAAAAUCCGCCAAUUAUUAUUUUGGACGAGGCAACUAGUGCCCUCGAUAUUAAUACCGAAGCUGAAGUUCAGGCCGCACUGGAAUCGUUGUCAAUUAACCGAACUGUCAUAGUUAUCGCCCAUAGGCUUAGUACUAUAGUAAAUGCUAAGCAGAUUAUUUUCAUGUCGAAUGGUCGAAUUGAGGACUGUGGGACGCACGAUGAACUGCUUAAAAGUAGCAAAGUUUACGCUGAUUUGUGGAAGAAGCAAACCAAACCAGCCCCGGCACAAUAA